CUCAGGCUGGGGAUGUGUGUCUGUGUUGCAGAUCUUUUAGCCUUCUGCCUGCUGCAGGGAGGAGGCUGUAUCUGAUGCUGCCCUCUACCUUUUCUCUUUCUGCUCAGCUGAAGGUGGGCGCAGCCCGUUGUUCAGUGUCUGGAUGGAGUCCCAGCAAGGGCCUUCUUCACCAGCGCAGAGCAAUGAACCAGAAGGCAAUGGAAACCCACAUCCUACUGCCUCCACGGAGGUGACUGUGGAAGGGCCUCAACAAGCUCAGGGAGCAGAAGAAGAUUGUGGGGUCCUGGCUCCCACUUCUAGUCUCCUGCAGGUCACAGAGAGAAGGCAGCCUCUCAGCAGUGUGUCAUCUCUUGAAGUACAUUUUGACCUCCUGGACCUUACAGAACUUACAGAUAUGUCUGACCAGGAACUGGCUGAAGUUUUUGCAGAUUCUGAUGAUGAAAUCCCACAGAAUGAGCCCCCACCAGGUCUGCAACUGCCACCCUUUCCUCGAGCUGGUUAUCUCCGUUCUCCAUCUUGGACCCGAACAAGAGCAGAAAGAGAAAAGAAACAUCUCAGUGACUCGGAGCUUCAUGGAGGCAUUCUAGACACUUUCCUUGCUGCAGAGAGAUCCAAAGAAAACUAAACAGCCUUUACCUUCUCAUAAACUGGCCCUUGCUGCCCCAUCCCUAUCAGUGCUAGGGAUCGGACAACAGAAAACUCCAAUAACUACAGCACUUACUACAAAGAUUCACAGAGAUACACUGCAAGAUGGUGCCACACAUAGAAGGAAAUCCCUUCUGAAACAGAGAGAAGCCCUGAAUCCUACAUGAGGCUAAAGCAAGACAAGAACAAGUGUAACUUAUAGACAUGGAACUGACAAUUCAGAGCUUAGAUCUAAAACAGUUAAAAAGUUGAAUUAAAAAGACCAGCAUACAUGUAACAACAGGACAUGAUUUAUGAGUGCACAAUAUAUCAAGCAGUAUGAAAUGCAUACCAAACUUCCUAGGCUGGAUGUAGAAACAGAGACUGUAGUAUCUCAGCGAUUUCCACAGGUAUUUCCGGUUAAGAACAGAUUGUAAACAAUCAUUGGGUUCCAUCCAUGAUAUAUUUAUGAGCUGAUAAGUCACAUGGUAUGCUUAUGCAGGUGGGCUAUACAAUACACAUCCUGUAAAGUAGGGCAAGAUCUAGCUUGAUUUUAAAGAAAAUUGUUAGGGCAGACUUGCUGUGGCAGUUACAGAAUGUAUGGGAAUGAUUCCUACUAACAUGGCCUCUUCCGCAAGCACAGAAUGUUCCCACAGCCUUAAAUAUGCCCACUCUAUCACUCAUAGACCUGUCGGCAGCAGCAAAAGACAUCAGAUUGCAGACCACUUGCAAAUGCACCUUGGCUGCUAAAUGUAGCACAUGAGUAUUCCAUAGACUUCAUGUGGAUGUUGCAUUUUAGCUUGAAUGACACUUUUGCACUUUAAAUCACAUUAUGUGGCUGCAUCCCAAAGCACAGGGAUUUCUCCAUGAUUGUCUUGUAAUAAUCUGCGUGGACUGUAUUCAAGAUAACUGACAUCAGAGCCUACAGCAUAUUGCACUAUGGGUGCAUCCCCCCCAAUACACCUAAAAAAUGGCCUUUAGCACAAUGUGUGUAAAAAAAUAACUUAGGAAAUUAAAUUAAUAUCUGCCACAAUCUUAAUGUGAAUACUAUCAUUAACAAUAAUAAUAAUGAACAGGGCCAGAUCCUUCCCCUCUUAGUGUGGAAGGGUAAUGUCACACGGAUUACUCUUAAAUCUAUGUUGAUUUGAUGUGUACAUGGAGUGCAGCAGGGUUACAGAGCAAGUAGUGUUUCCAUUUUUAAAAUAGAAUCAAAACCAGUUUAUUAGAUGCAGUGAAACUGCACUGUUACUAAAUUGUUUUAAGUGUUCCCUUCUCUCCCUCUUAUGUGGCAUAACUAGAAAUCACUGGUCCCCACACCCAACCUUUUUAGACCCACUAUCCCUACAGACCCCUAGUAACAUUAUCACAUAUGCAAGGAUAUACAGAAUAUGUCAGUCAAUCCCUUACCAUGAUCUCCAUAAUUCUGAGCUCCCAAGUAGCUAUUGGGUAUAUUGUCUUUAUGGUUACAGCAAUAGCUCUUUCCCUACCUUCCCGGUGUUUUAAUCCAGCCAUAGCGUGAGUCUCAAACUGCAUUGGAUUGGAUCUAUGUGACAGGAUUAUUAAAUCCAAAACACUGCCACAUGAAAUAACUGAAAUAGGGGUUGAAAUAUAUUCAGUGACGAUAAUUCAAAGAAUAACAGCAAUUAUGAAGCUAGGAAAAGUAAUGUUCAGUGAUUUUGCAUCCAGUAUGAAAAUUAAAUAAAUGAAAAUUGUGUAAUUGAAUUUAUAAUAUAAAUCACAUUUUGUUU